AUAAUAUAUUUUAGUCGAGAGAUAUUCAAUUUGUGGUAAUUUAGAGAGCUAAAAUUACUUAUGAGAAGCUAAUAUGUCUGUAACAUACACUAAUUGUACCAAUUUGUACUGAGAUAACAUUAGAACUAAUAACUAGUUUUUUAGUAGUUAUAGUAUAAUCAACUGGUUAGAUACAAAUCAAUUAAUGUAAAUAUACGUAUAAUUAAUUGAAGUAACUUUAUGUGACACUAUAAUAGGUGUGUGAAUAAUUCACAUGCACCUGCAAUGACAUUAAGUAUUUUACAGCUCUAAUUUAAUAUAAUAUGUAUUUUAACGUAACAUUAAGUAGGUACCAUUUUAAUGCAUUGACCUUUAAACAUACAAUAUUUACAUUAAUAUACAUUGAAACAUAGCUAGGUAAAUUAUUCUUAAAUAACUCUUAGUUUCACAAUUUUAUUAUUUACGAGUAACAGAAUCAGCGUAUGAUUCAAGAUAUAGAAAACAGAAAUAUAUUAAACGUGUAAUCUAUAUUGAAUUAUAUUUUAAGACUUCCGAGUUGUAAAUGUAUGCCUAUUGUUGGUAAAGGAGUUCCGUUUCAAAAAUGUCUGCAAAACAAAGAUUUAUAUCUUAUUUCUAUACAUUCACAUAUCACGUUGAAUAUAUGUGUAGUAUCAACAAAUGCAUUGCCUUAACGACGCAUUUAGUGGCUGAAGGACACUAAACUAUGCUCAUUCGAUAAUCAUUCAGAACGGGAUUUCACUCUUGUGGACUAGGAUAUUGGGCGUGUUCAGUGUUCUGUGAUUUAUCCAAGUAUAUAAAGAAUGGAGAAUGUGAUACCAAGUUCACAGAGUCGUCGUCAGAGUUCAAUUGUUGUACUCCAUAAUUUUAAUUGUUAUUCUUCGUCUACUGUAAACAGUGUGACAAUUAUUAGCGAAAAAAUGGCAUCUUCAAUCAAAAUUGAUAAUGGCUUCGCCAUCAAACUUUCAUCUCAUCAACUGUUUCAGAAAAAAAUAUAUUACAGUAACAUUAUGGAUGAAGCAAACCAAGCAAAAUUUACUUACAGCAUAGUGCCUAUCACUACCAAAGAUAAACAUACUGUGGCUGCUUUCCUAAGAAAGUUCUUUUUCCGAGAUGAACCAUUGAACGUGGCGAUACAAUUAUUGGAAGAAACAGAUUCAGCAGCGAAACUUGAGAAUUACUGCAUUAGCUAUUUACAAUAUGGAAUGACAUUUAUGGCAGUAUCUCAAACUGGUGACAUAAUGGGUGUGAUUUUGAACAAUAUAAUGCAUAGAGAUGAUGAAGAAGAAGAAGAAGAAGAGGAUGAUGAAACAUGUAAUGACAAUUUGAAGUUUAAGGAUAUUGUGGUUCUCUUAGACAAAAUUAAGCGAGAAGCAGACGUGUUUGCCCAAUAUAAAAAUGUAAAUCGUAUAUUGGAAAUAAAAAUCGUUACAGUAAAUGAAGCUUAUAGGGGCCAAGGAGUAUGCAAGGCGCUGAUCGAUAAAACUAAAGAAUAUGCGUUGGAAAUGGGUUGUCAAAUGAUUUACGUUGAGUGCACCAGUCAUUAUUCUGCUAAAGCUGUCGAAAGACUUGGAUUUCAAUGCAUAUAUUCACUGGCUUAUAACGAUUACGUAAACGAACAUGGUGAGAUGGUGUUCAAAACACAAUCACCACAUAGAGGUGCCAAAGUGUUUGUGUUACCUUUGUAAUAAUACCAUUCAAUUUGAACCACUAUACAGUAGGCCCACCUCCUUUAAAAUUAAAAUAAUAAUCAUUAGUCGUUACCAGUACCGUAUUUUUGUAUAUAAUUUUUGAAUUGUUUAAAAUGUACCAGAUACAUGUUCAACAAAUAAUCAAAAUUUUAAAC